CACCCUCAAGUUGGCAGUCCACUGACUAACCUAACGUUACAUGAAGGGUAAACUGACUGACUGACUCACUGACUGUCAAAGUUGGUUAAAGUCAGUCAAAGAAGCCCAGCUGUGACAAGAAAAAUACUCAAGAUGGCAGAAAAUUCUAGCAAUCCGUAUGACAUUAAUGGACAGCACUUUAAUCCCGAUAUGUACUUCCAAAAAAUGUUGAAAGAAUGUACAUUGAAACAAAUUAUGGAUCAUGAGUCGGAAAUCAUAAGAAACACACAAACAUUGCACUCGGAUAUGCAGACACUCGUAUAUGAGAAUUAUAAUAAAUUUAUAUCUGCCACAGACACUAUUAGAAAGAUGAAGACUGAUUUCAAAGAAAUGGAAGAGAGCAUGGAUAUGCUAGCAAAAAAUAUGGACAGUAUCACAUCUUUUUCGGAACAAAUUUCAUCAACUCUUCAAGGCACUAGACAGCAAAUUGCCAAAUUAUCUUCCGUUCAUGCCCUCUUAAAAAAGUUACAAUUCCUCUUUAAUUUGCCUGGCAAUUUGAAAGAUGACAUGAAUGAAGAAAAUUACGAUCAGGCGGUACAGGAUUACAUCCAUGCACAGCGCGUAUUAAAUCAGUAUGGUAACUUACCUUCUUUUCAAGGAAUACAAAAAGAUUGUGAAGAUAUUUUAGAAGAGCUCAAGUCAAGAUUGAGAAAUCAAUUUUACAAGAGAAAUGCGUCGACGAAGGCUUUAGCGGAGAACGUAAAUCUUCUGUUGCAAUUAAAGGAACCAGCUGAUUCCCUAUGCACUGAAUUUUUAAUGCAUGCAGAUGAAAGAUUGACACAGCAAUUAGACAAUCUAAAAGAUAUGUACGAGAAUGAUAUUACAGAGUUUGUAGACAUGGCUAGUUCUGGAUUCCUCAGUGAUCUGUGCCUUGUUGUUGGAUCCUACAAUGAUCUCUUCGUGUACAGACUACCGUCCGAGGACAAUGAGCUUUCAGACGACUUUGAAAUAAAAGCUAUCGCGCAUCUGAAUAAUUUCAUUAUGAAAAACAUGAUGAAGUAUUUUGAUCUAAUCGGUAAAAGAGUAGAACACGUGUCUGACACAGCAGUUCUAGUUAAAGCCUUGGAUAAAUUUCACAGAAGACUGCAAGCUGUGAAUAUGCUGUGCAAAGAAACAGAUUUUGCAAGGAUAGGAACAGAUAUCGUGGUUAGUGCAGGUAGAAGACAAUGUCGCAAUCAUCUAGACAAUUUGAAGCAACAUUUGUGCGAGGGACUUGGUAAAGUAAGGCAAACAGUAGCAACUAAAGUCUCCCAGGACGAAGAUGGUAAUCUGGCUGAGCUACAGGCCUUGCUUGUUAUGCCCACCAUAGAAAAAGUCAAAGGAGUUUUACAAGACUUAUUGGUGUUUCUGCAACCAGACUUGUCCUUCAGCUCCAAAACGCAGUUCCUCCACAACUUCUGCGUGGACGAGGUCAGGGAAAGCUUAAUAGUAGGAUUUCUACACCAUUUAAUGGCGACAGCAAGUGGAUUCUGUGCUGGUUCCGACGUUCCCAAAUGUCCACCCACCCUUCUACUUCUAUUGAGUAAAAUGUGUGUCGAAUACAAAGAAAAUAACGUGAAAUACUUGCUCUCUACAACCGAUGAUCUGUUCAACAUUGACCAAUACACUUGUUCUGGAAACAUAAUUACAACAGACUCAGAAUUAUGCGAGAAGUUCCAGGAAGCUGCACAAAACUUAUUGAACCAUUACGUUCGCAUUCAAGGAUUGGCGGUGUCGCGACUGAUAAGGAAGUCGGUGGAAACCAGAGAUUGGUUGCACACUAUCGAGCCAAGAACUGUAAGACCCGUGAUGAAGAGGAUAGUGGAGGAUGUGACGGUAAUCGACUCUCAGGUUGCCGUUUUGUACGACGACCAGGAUGGUCAAGUCGACAGGAGCAGCGACAGCAGCAGAAAAGCACAUAGCGUGAGCGUGUCGAGACGUCAUUAUAGGACCAGUUUAUCAUCCUACACGCCCAGCCACAUAGACUCUUCGUUGGCCAGCAAUAUUCAUAAAUUGUUCUCCGAACGGAUCGAGAUCUUCUCGUCGGUCCAGUUCAACAAGACCUCCAUUCUCACCGGGAUCAUCAAGAUCAGUUUAAAGACAUUCCUAGAAUGCGUCAGAUUACGGACGUUCAGCAAGUACGGGCUGCAACAGAUCCAGGUCGAUACCCAUUACCUACAACAGUACUUGUGGAGAUUUGUCUUCGACGAGGACGUGAUGCACCGGUUGCUGGGCGAGAUACUGGGAAGUGCAAUGCACAGAUGUUUGGAUCCUGUAUUAAUGGAUCCUAAUGUCGUCGAAGUUAUUUGCGAAAGAGGAUGAAUAGCCAAGAGGACAGUACUAUAAGCGUCGAGAGCUCAAUUGUCGCUCCACUGUACAUUCUUUUCUAGUAUCGUAUUGUUCUUUGUUAUUUAUAGAAAUAAGCGAAUACUAUCACACGAUUAUCAACCAUAUACAUUAUUCUUGUACAUAUUUCGUACGUGGAAAUUUCACGGGGAACGCUGUACAUUCCACGAAUAAAUCUAAUGGCGAACCAUGAA